GGGUGCGUUUAGCGAUACUGUUGAGACGAGGGCUCAAUCUGUGGGGGUCCAGCCGGACCCUGGACAGAUCCCGAACGCGAGGCUCAUUGGGCUGCCUUAUUAUGCCGUCAUGAAGUUCCGCCUUAUGGGCGGGCUCAGAGCCGCUUAGAUCCUUGUGAUUGGUUAAUAGAGCCUUGAGGGGCAAGGUGCGACUGUGGCGCCUCACGCUGCACUUCCGGACGCGGCGGUUAGCGCCACUUAGGGAGCCGUUGGGAAGGUUUGAGUAUGGCGGAAGGGGACAGCUUGGUAUCAGUGGAUUAUGAAGUGUUUGGGAAGGUGCAAGGGGUGUUUUUCCGCAAGUAUACCCAGGCUGAGGGUAAAAAGCUAGGACUGGUAGGCUGGGUCCAGAACACUGAGCGGGGCACAGUGCAAGGACAAUUGCAAGGUCCCAUCUCCAAGGUGCAUCUGAUGCAGCAAUGGCUUGAGACAAAAGGAAGUCCCAAAUCGCACAUUGACAAGGCAAACUUCAACAAUGAGAGAGCCAUCUCAAAGUUGGAUUAUUCAGAUUUCCAAAUUGUGAAAUAAUGGCCUGAAUUUAAAUUUUCCAAGACAAACUGAAUGGUUUGAGUUUUCAUUGUUCAUAGAGACAGCAACUAUUCUGUGUUCAAUAUUAGAACUUGUCAGUAUGUUAUUUCAGUAUCAGGUGUUGGAAUGUUACUGUAUAUCGCCUAUGAUGGAAGGAUCCCAAUGGUGUAUGAUUCUAAUCAAUAAAAACACAUUAGAACCUUA